AUGGCUUUGUUUCAAACAAAUGUUAGAUUUUUGGGUCAUAAUAUUGAAAGAGGUAACAUUAGCCCUAUUAAUAGAAGUAUUGAAUUUGCGUCCAAAUUCCCUGAUAUUCUGACUAAUAAAACUCAGUUACAGAGAUUUCUUGGAAGUUUUAACUAUGUUGCUCCUUUUAUAAAGGAUUUAGCCAAGGAUACUGCUAUUGUUUAUGAGAGGCUAAAAACUAAUCCUAAAGCUUGGUCUUAUAAACAUAUUGAAGCGGUUAAAAAGAUUAAAACAAAGGUUAAAACCUUCUGUGUCUUACUUUGGCCAACCCAAAUUGAAAAAACAACGGUUGAGACAGAUGCUUCUGACAUAGGAUAUAGAGGUAUCCUGACUCAAUAUUGUCCGGAUAAUAAAGGCCAUUCUAUUAUUCAAUUUUGUUCUGGCAAAUGGAACGAUGCUCAGAAAAAUUACGUCACAAUAGCAAAAGAAAUUCUGGAAAUAGUUAAAAGUGUUUUGAAGUUCCAAGGUGAUCUUUAA